UGCACUGACCAGCAGCUGCUAGCAAGAGGAUUUGGCUCUGGGCACCGUGAGCACUGAGCAUGGAGCCACUGCUGGGCUUUCCCCACGACCACUGCCUCCUCUUGCUCCUCUUCGCCUCCCUGAGCCCGCCGGGCUUCGCCCAGUACGAGCACUGGCCUUACCUCCCUGGCUACCCUGAGCCGCCCCCCCAGGUGUACCAACCCCCCCAGAGACCAGCAGACGUCCCCAAGAUCCAGCUGAGGCUGGCAGGGCAGAAGAGGAAGCACAAUGAAGGCAGGGUGGAGGUGUUCUACAACGGGGAGUGGGGCACGGUGUGCGACGACGACUUCUCCAUCCACGCGGCGCACGUGGUCUGCAGGGAGCUGGGCUACGUGGAGGCUGUCUCUUGGCUACCCAGCUCCAAGUAUGGCAAAGGAGAAGGGAGGAUUUGGAUGGACAAUGUCCACUGCAAUGGCAAGGAGCCCACCCUGGCAGCCUGCACCUCCAAUGGCUGGGGAGUCACCGACUGCAAGCACACCGAAGACGUGGGAGUGGUCUGCAGUGAAAAGAGGAUCCCUGGCUUCAAGUUUGACAGCUCCCUGCUCAACCAAAUAGAGAACAUGAACAUCCAGGUGGAGGACAUCAGGAUCCGUCCCAUCCUGGCCACCUACCGCAAGCGCGUGCCGGUGACGGAGGGUUACGUGGAGGUGAAGGAGGAAGGCAGCUGGAAGCAGAUUUGUGACAAGCACUGGACCAUGAAGAACUCUCGAGUGGUCUGUGGCAUGUUUGGCUUUCCCAGCGAGAGGAAAUACAACACCAAUGUCUACAAGAUGUUUGCCAGCAGGAGGAAGCAGCACUAUUGGCCUUACUCAAUGGACUGCAGUGGGAAUGAAGCUCACAUCUCCAGCUGCAAGCUGGGCAACCACCUCCACGUGGAUGCAAAGAAGAACACAACCUGUGAGAAUGGGAUGCCUGCAGUUGUCAGCUGUGUCCCAGGACGUGCCUUUGCCCCCAGCAGCCACAGUGGCUUCAGGAAAGCCUUCAGGCAGGAGCAACCCCUGGUGAGGCUGAAAGGAGGAGCCAACACUGGGGAAGGCCGAGUGGAAGUGCUGAAGAACGGGGAGUGGGGAACGGUCUGCGACGACAACUGGAACCUGGUGUCAGCCAGCGUGGUGUGCCGAGAGCUGGGCUUUGGCAGCGCCAAGGAGGCCAUCACAGGGGCAAGGCUGGGGCAAGGCAUGGGCCCAAUCCACCUGAAUGAAAUCGACUGCACAGGCUUCGAGAAGUCCCUCACGGACUGCAAGUUCAACACAGAGUCCCAGGGCUGCAACCACGAAGAAGAUGCUGCUGUGAGAUGCAAUGUUCCAGCCAUGGGCUUCCAGAACCAGCUGCGGCUGAGCGGUGGCCGCAACCCCUACGAGGGCAGGGUGGAGGUCCUGGCGGAGCGCAACGGCAGCCUGCGCUGGGGCACGGUCUGCAGCGAGAACUGGAGCACCGUGGAGGCCAUGGUGGUGUGCCGGCAGCUGGGGCUGGGCUUUGCCAGCCAGGCCUUCCAGGAAACCUGGUACUGGCACGGAGACGUCAGCGCUGACAGCGUGGUGAUGAGCGGAGUCAAGUGCUCGGGGACAGAGAUGUCCCUGGCCCACUGCCGCCACGACGGAGCGGAGGUCUCCUGCCCCAGAGGGGGUGGUCGCUUCGGUGCUGGGGUGUCCUGCUCAGAGACGGCCCCUGACCUGGUGCUGAACGCCGAGCUGGUGGAGCAGACGGCGUACCUGGAGGACCGGCCGAUGUUCAUGCUGCAGUGUGCCCUGGAGGAGAACUGCUUGGCCAGCUCCGCGGCCAACACCUCCCUCACCUCGGGCUACCGCCGCCUGCUGCGCUUCUCCUCCCAGAUCCACAACAACGGACAGUCCGACUUCCGCCCCCGCAACGGGCGCCACGCCUGGGUCUGGCACGACUGCCACCGGCAUUACCACAGCAUGGAGGUUUUUACCCACUAUGAUCUACUGAACCUCAAUGGGACCAAGGUGGCUGAAGGACACAAAGCCAGCUUCUGCCUGGAAGACACCGAGUGUGAAGCAGAUGUGCAGAAGCAGUAUGAGUGUGCCAACUUUGGGGAGCAGGGCAUCACCGUGGGCUGCUGGGAUGUCUACCGGCACGACAUCGACUGCCAGUGGAUCGACAUCACCGACGUCCCGCCAGGGGAUUACCUCUUCCAGGUUGUCAUCAACCCCAACUACGAAGUCGCUGAGUCAGACUACUCCAACAACGUGAUGAAGUGCAGGAGCCGCUACGACGGCCAGCGGAUCUGGAUGUACAACUGCCACAUAGGUGGCUCUUUCAGCGAGGAGACAGAGCAGAAGUUUGAUCACUUCAGUGGACUCUCAAAUAACAGAGUGGCCUCCCGGUAGAGGAGCAGCACCUCCCAGCCCACUCUCAGCAGGAGCCAAGCCUCCUGCUUCUGGGAUCUCCCUAAACCACUGCACAAAGAAGAAGAAGAAAGAAUUACAAUCAAGCUAAACAAUCAAAACUCUUAAUUAGCAAAGGUAAAUUAUUGUCUCCAAGAUGCUUUCCUUCCCACUUUGUAGGUGCUCAGACCACCCCCCAUCCCCCCGUGCCUCCAGGCACUCCAGCUCUUGCUACUGAGGUAGUUAGGAGCAGGCUUUGAAGCUCUGCACUUGGCUCCACGUCUUCACAGUUGCAACCUUCACCAUCCCAACCUUCUCCCAGCACUUUUGCAGCACCACCUUUCCUCACAGCCACAGCUCCAGGCUGCAGCCAGCACGCUUUGCCUUGGGGUGGGUAGCAGCACCCUCCACCUGCCUCUACCGUUCGCCUUCUUCAGGGCAUCUCUCUUGGUGUCUUGAAGCUCUUUAUGACUCAAGCUUGGGGCUGCACCACUGAGGCAAAAGCCUCUUCUUGAGCACAGCUGGCACCUCCUGCCUCCAUGUGAGCUAAGAAACACA